AUGAGUACAUUGGAUGCAAGUAGGGCAGAACUGGCUCUUCUAGUUUUGUAUUUGAACAAGGCAGAAGCAAGGGACAAGAUAUGCAGGGCUAUACAAUAUGGUUCCAAAUUUUUGAGUGAUGGACAACCUGGUACUGCACAGAAUGUAGACAAAUCAACCAGCUUGGCACGAAAAGUUUUCCGUCUAUUAAAGUUUGUGAAUGGCCUGCACACUCUGAUAAGUCCCACUCCACAGGAGACUCCCCUUCCCCUAGUUCUAUUGGGAAAGUCCAAGGAUGCAUUAACUUCAAUGUUCUUGUUUCUUGAUCAAUUUGUGUGGCUUAGUAGAACGGGCGUCUACCAGAAUAAAGAACGUGCAGAACUGAUUGGCAGGAUAUCUCUUUUCUGUUGGACUGGUUCCUUAGUGUGCACUACCUUGGUUGAGGUUGGGGAGCUUGGAAGACUUUCUGAAUCUAUGAUGAAGUUAGAGAAAGAACUCAAGAACAGUAAUAAAUAUGAAAAUGAGCAAUAUCAAGCUAAACUUAAAAAGUCAAAUGAAAGAACUAUAGCACUUGUCAAAGCAGGCAUUGAUAUAGUGGUAGCUGUUGGUCUGCUUCAAUUGGCACCCAACAAAGUCACUCCCAGAGUUACCGGAGCCUUUGGAUUUGUUUCAUCUCUAAUAUCUUGCUAUCAGCUGCUUCCUGCUCCAGUCAAGUCCAAAACAUCGUGA